UAAGAAAUUGUUGUUUUAGAUUAGAACAUCUUGAAAAUGAAUUUUCUAAAAUUACAGUGCUUUUUAUUGUUGUUAAACUGCUGUACAGUGUACAGUGCAUCUUUACCACGAUCCAAGCGUACUCCGUCUCCAGUGGAGCAGGGCAACGACUGGUUUAAAAGCUUCUACAGUAUGUUUUCUGAAGAUGGCAGAGGUUACUCCUACAGUACAGUUGAGGACCCUAAGGUCUCAUCACUCGAAGAGGCUCUUCAAAAUUUGAAAAAUCGAGAUGAAAGUUCAAUUCCCAGUUUAAUACCUACUCCAACACCAUAUUCUCCCAAGCCUAGUCGCACAGAAGCUCCCAUCACACCUGCACCUAAACCAGGGAGUCUUUCAAUUCAAGACUUCUUUCCAUCUGUUCCUUCACAGCCUAACGUAAAAAUUGGCGAAACCCCUAAACCAUCUGCGUCUUCAAGUCAAAAAUACCCAAGCCAGGUCCCACAACCUUUUCCUUAUCAACAAAACCAAGACCCCCAAUCUUAUAAAAAUCAACAAUAUCCAACCCAAGACCAGAAUCCGUCUUCAAAUCAGCAAUAUCCUUCACCAGGCCAAUUGCCUCAAUCUUAUCCUAAUCAACAAAGCCAGCUCCCCCAGCCCUCUGCAAAUCAACAAAUCCCUACUCAAAGCUACCUCCCCAAGCCUUCUACAAAUCAACAAUAUCCCUCACAAAGCCAAGUCCCUAAACCUUCUCCUAAUCAAGAAAACCCAUCACAAGGCCAAAUGCCUCAACCUUUUCCUAAUCAACAAAACCCAUCACAAGGCCAAAUGCCUCAACCUUUUCCUAAUCAACAAAACCCAUCACAAGGCCAAAUGCCUCAACCCUUUCCUUAUCAACAAUACCAUUCACAAGGUCAGCUACCCCAGUCUUCUACAUAUCAACAAAACCCAUCCCAAGGCCAAGUCCCUCAACCUUAUCCUAACCAAUAUUAUCAACCAAACAAUUACCAGAGGGGAGAUUAUGCCAGUUCAUCUCAAAACCAUUCUCAGGAAUUUGGUGACAACUCUCUGAUACCUAACAAGAAACCCUCAUCAGGUUUUCCUAAUAAAGAUCCUUCUCAGGGAAUCAGUUUUCCAGCUCCUUCAGGAUAUAGUUUUGAUGCACCUCUGUUCCAGCUUCCUAAAGAAGAAUGCCACACUGACGCAGGAGAGAUUGGAGAGUGCCUGGCUCCCUUUAAUUGUGGAGCUGAAGGUGGCGAACCUGCUGGACUAUGUCAUCAGGGAUUAGAUGCUGCCCACCAUAUUAGAUCCUGCUGUAUAUUUCCUUCAUAUUGUGGUUAUGAAACUAAUAAGGAGGUAUCCUAUCUAACCAACCCUGACUACCCAAAGUCCACUACUCUUCAAAAAGAAGACUGUAUCUUCAAGGUUGACCUGCUUCCUGGAGUUUGCCAGCUUAGAUUAGAUUUCCUCGAGUUUGAGAUGAAGCCUAUGGAGAGAGGAAUAUGCGAGGAUAAGAACUCCUUGAUCAUCUCCUCCACAGAGAAGACCGCCAUGAUUCCUCAGAAACAACUUUGCGGCACAAUUCAUUCAAAUUCCGAACAAGAUCCAGGCUCCAAGCGUCAAAAUGAAUCUCAAAGUCACAGAUUUUCCUUCAAGGUGGAAUAUUCGGAUCAGUCAGAUUUUAUGCGAUGGAGCUAAUUUACAGGCACCAAUGGGCUGCAGCCAGUACUACAAUAUGAACUCAGGAAACAUCAGCAGUUUGAAUAUUAAAGAUGGACAGUAUCCACAAAACUUAAGGUGGAGCUCCUGUAUAAAACGUGACCCAAUGGCCUGUGCUGUGGAGUACAAUCUGAGAAAGUUCUCUCUUGGUGAAACUAAAGCUGGUCCGGGUAGACUUGGAUACGGGUUGACCUGCCAGGACUACUUAGUGAUAAACGGUGAGAAGACAGCACUGUGUGGUGGAUUAAACCAGCCUAGACCCUUGAUAUUCCCAGCUAGUGGUCCUGAAUCUAUUUUCUUCUAUUCCGAUAAUAUAUUUACAAAGGCCGAUGUCGGAUAUAUUAUCGAGUACAAGCAUCACCUGAAUUGUACAGGGCUAACCCACUACAGCUAUCCUUCUAAAAAAUAAUCAAGAAAUCUUGAAACUCCAGUGUGCGCUGUGCAUGUCAUAUUUUUGUGAAUUUAUGAUAUAAAACUUAUGUGAUGGUCUUUCUAAUAAUUUAUACCUCUCGUUUUAAUGUUUAUUUUAUUAUUUAAUCAUUUAUGUUUCAGA